AUGUCUUCAGCACAGGAUCACAAUAUUGGCAACCAGACAUCAGCCACCAUCGAAAAAGGUGCACACGAUGAAGCAACUCGGAUCACAGGGCCAAGACUCGCACUUGUGAUGAUCAGCUUAUUUUUCAGCUUGUUGCUGGUAUCCUUGGAUCAAUCCAUUGUCUCCACAGCAUUGCCCGUCAUUGCAUCCACGUUUAAGGCACUUGAUGAGGUGGAAUGGGUGGGUACGGCAUACAUCCUCCCCAUGACAUCAUGUCAGCUACUUUUUGGAAAGCUUGCAAGCAUCUUUGGGCGUAAAGUUGUAUUGAUCAUCUCAAUUAUCACCUUCCUUAUUGGCAGUGCUCUUGCUGGAGCAGCACAAAAUUUCACAAUGUUGUGUGUCACGCGAGCUAUUCAAGGCAUUGGAGGUGCUGGUAUUGCCCCUUCCGUUAUGAUGGCGAUUAGUGAUUUGGUGACGCUUCGUGAACGAGGAAAGUACCAAAGCAUGGUUGCAUUAUGUUGGGCAACCGGAUCCAUGGCCGGCCCAGUGGUCGGUGGUGUUUUAGCUGACACGAAUUGGCGUUGGAUCUUUUUCAUCAACCUGCCGAUUGGUACGCUUGCCUUGGUGUUACUCUUUGUAUUUUUACGUAUCCCAAACAACAGCAUACAUCAAGGUGCAUGGUGGAAGCAGCUGAAACGGAUUGACUUUGUUGGUGCAUCUACCUUUAUCGCCAGUGUGGUGUGCUUCUUGUUAGCCACACAAUGGGGUGGAGUUCGCUAUCCAUGGUCGAGUCCCAUAGUGAUUGCGCUCUUUGUGGUUGCAGUGGUACUCCUUAUGAUAACGAUUUUAGUUUCAUGGAAGCUGAGCAGUGAACCAAUGCUGGAAUUGGACAUGUUUUACGACCGUGCACGAUCAGCACUCUACAUUGCAGUAGUGGCCAUUGCUAGUGCCAUGUUUGCCAACAUUUUUUAUUUACCCAUCUACUUUCAAGUCGCCAACGGAGAUUCACCAAUGAUAGCAGGAGCCGAGAUGUUGUCAUUUCUAGUCCCUGUGGAUAUGGUCAGCGUCAUUUCAGGUUUCAUCGUAUCAAUGACAGGGCACUACAAGAUCAUGUUCCUCCUUGGCACUGCAUUUAUUGCUAUUGGAGGUGGUUUACAAACAAUGCUCACAAUCGAUAGCGGGAGAGCUGCGCAGGUGUGCUAUCAAGUAGUCUCUGGUGCAGGUGUUGGGUUUUGUAUUCAAAACCUCUUUGUCGCAGCACAAGCAUCUGCACCUCCAAACAGGGUGAUGUCUGCCAUUGCUUUGGUUUCCUUUUUUGAGUACUUUGGAUUUGCAUGUGGUAUUGCUAUGGGAGGUGCCAUAUUCAACAACACGUUGCAGCACUAUUUGAGCAACACUACAACUCUCAACGCGAGCCAAAUCAAGGAGGCUCAAAGAAAUCCAGAAAUGCUCAAGAACAUUCGUGAUCCAGGCCUUCAAAGGAUGGUUGCAUCUGCUUUUGCUUCAGCUCUUAAAAAAACAUUUCUCGUUCUUGUCGUAUGUGGAAGUCUAGCAUUUGCAUGCUCGCUCUUUUUGCAUUGGAAGAUCCCACCAACAUCCAAUGACGAUGAUGAUGCCACUCAAAUGGAUAUGAAUGGUGAUCCCAACAAUCAUGAAAAAAGUGCUGGACAACGCCAUCCUGCUGCUGAUGAUGAGGACCAGGAACGAUCAGCUUCGGAUUAA